UGGAGCAUACUUUAUGCUCGGGGAAACGUCAGCACUGUAAAUAGAAGUGCUGGAAGCGCUUUGGGAACGAAGACGUUCAUUUUCAUGUGCGCAGCAGUGCAAUUGUGUACAGCUAGAAUUUUUUGAGCAACACUUCUCUCUCGUCGAGAUCGAGUCAGACAGCCAAGGCGAUUGCGAAGACGAAAAAUGGCCAAUUCUCCGGUGUUAAAUCCGGAAAUCCCAUAUGUGGGAGCAGUGGAAGGAGGCCUAAGAGCAGGUACAAUGGUGAAGAUACAAGGUAAAGUGCCUCCUGAUGCUGUCAGAUUUGCUGUCAAUUAUCAGCUUGGGCCAACAUUGAAUCCAAGGGACGACAUAGCUAUUCAUGUAUCUCCACGCUUUCCUGAAGGCUUUGUUACUCGAAAUCAUAUAGAGUCGAUGAACUGGGGCAUGGAAGAGAAUGCUGGCCCAUUGUGGAUACAACCAGGCCAGGAAUUUGAGAUGAUGAUCCUGUGUGAUUAUCAUUGCUACAAGAUAGCUAUAAACGGCAAGCAUUUUACAGAAUUUGCUCAUCGAUUGCCAUUCAUAAAAGUUACUCAUUUAGUGAUUGAUGGUGACGUGGAGAUACACUCAAUCACUUAUGAACAAAUACAGCUAGAUACAUCAAAGUCUCCUGCUACAGCACCAGAUAUAUCAGCUGCUACCUAUGGGCCACCACCUCCAGGUGGAUUGUAUCCAACAUUGGGACCUCAAGGUGGGUACGGACCUCCUCCUCCUCCAGCUGGAUAUGGUCUUCCCCCCAAUGUCUAUGGUGGUCCUGAUAGCUAUAAUCCAUCGAAAUCCUAUGGAUAUCAGCCUGGUCAUGAGAAAGCAGAGGAGGAAAAUGCUUUUGGAGGCUGCUUAGACAAAGUUGGAUUAGCGUUAGGCGGAUUAGUGGCAGCUGGAGGAGUGGCGGCAGCUAUGCAUGCGCUAAAUAAAAAGAAAGAGGAAACUGAUGAAAAGAACCACGAGAAAUCGGACGUUUCCAAAUCAAAGACGGAAAGCGAGGGUGGUUUGGGGAACUUGGGGUCUCUCGGAAUGGCCUUAGCUAGCAGCCUGGCGAGCAACGCCCUGCACAGCAACACGCACGCACAACAAGGCUAUCCCGCCCAGGAAUCAGGUGGCGGUGGGGUAUUGGGAUCUAUUUUUGGAGCAUUGGGUGGUGCUGGUAGCGGAGCGUCUCACCAGCCAGCGUAUGCUUCCAACCAGCCACCUGGCGGCGAUGGCCUAGGUGGAGCGAUCGGAUCUAUACUCGGCGGUGUUCUUGGCGGUGGUGGCCAUCAACAACAACAACAACCAGGAUAUCAACCUUCAGGAGGGUACGGUGGUUACCAAUCGUCCGGGGGUUACGGUGGCCAGCAAGGCCAGCAAGGUUUAGGAGGAUCGGAUUUCAUAUCGGGCAUAGGAUCUGCAAUUGGUUCCUCCUUGUUUAGCUCGGCUUUGGACGGUCUGAACAAACGUGGAAAAGAGAAACCUCACGAUGAAUAUCGUCCCGGACCACCGCCUCCGAGUUAUGAACCGCCGGCACCUCCAAAACCAGCCCCGCGUCCGAAUACUCCACCGGCUUCCGGUGGGCAUAAAUUAUCCGCGGACGAAAUUUCGAAGGGACUCGGGCUGGACGAUUAAAUGCCUCGAGAAACGUGGAAAGCCGCCGCCCGCAAGUACACGCAAAGUGAUGAUAUUAUUGCUCUCUUGUUGCUUCAAAACAGAAUACACUUUAUGAAUCUCGUUUAUCGAAAUAACGCGAUGCACUUGUUUGUCUCUCGACAACAACAGAUUUUAUGUAUCAGCGCCUGCACGAGAUACAGUUGCGAGAAAAUUCUCUCGAAUUAUAUAUAUGAAUCUCGUAUACUAGUGUACUAAAGUCUAAUGUUAUACGAUUGAUAUUUUAAUAGAAGUAAGCUUGAGGUAAAAGUGCUUUUAAGGAUUUUAAAGGUUGUUGCAUAUCUUAGGUAAGAGAGUCGGGACACAAAUUGACUACACUCCGCUUUUUACGAAGCCUUCCAUGAAAUAAUACAGUAGACAGUCAAUGAAGUUGAUAAUUUUUAAGAUUUAUUAUAUUUUUAUAAAAAUGUUUUAUUUUAUAUGAGAAUGUGGCCUUUGACAGAAAGAGAUACAUAUAUGCCUUAUAUAUAUUUGAAUUACAAAUAAUAUACGAGAAUUAUUUAUUACAGUUAUUUAUAUCAGAAAAUAUAUAUCUAUAUGUAUAUCUUAA